AUGCUUCGACGAGAGGCGAGACUACGGAAAGAAUACCUCUACAGGAAAGCCCAGGAAGACCGGCUCCGGACCAUAGAGGAGAAAAAACUCAAGUUGAAAGGAGCCCUCGAUGAAAACUGCCUUCUUCCCACCGAGGUUCGCAAAGACGCUCUGCAGCUGCAGAAGCUUCUGGAGUUUGACGAUGAAGGAGCAGAAGGUGUUCACUCCCACAUGGACGACGAGUACAAAUGGGCAGGAGUGGAAGAUCCCAAAGUCAUGGUCACUACGUCCAGAGACCCCAGCUCUCGGCUCAAGAUGUUUUCCAAGGAAGUGAAGCUGAUGUUCCCUGGAGCCCAGCGGAUGAACAGAGGGAACCAUGAGAUCGCGUCUCUGGUCAGAGCGUGCAAAGCCAACAACGUCAGUGACUUGGUCAUUAUCCACGAGACUCGAGGACAGCCAGAUGGGCUGGUGAUCUGCCACCUGCCGUUCGGGCCCACGGCGUACUUCACUCUGUACAACGUGGUGAUGAGGCACGACGUUCCCGACAUCGGCACCAUGUCCGAGGCAUUCCCACACCUCAUCUUCCACAACUUCUCAUCCCGCCUCGGCAGACGGGUUUCCAAUAUCCUCAAGUAUCUGUUUCCAGUUCCCAAAGACGACAGCCGCCGAGUCAUCACCUUUUCCAAUCAGGAGGACUACAUCUCUUUCAGGCAUCACACGUACAAGAAAAGCGACCACCGGAACGUAGAGCUGACGGAGGUCGGGCCGAGGUUUGAGAUGAAGCUGUACAUGAUCAAACUGGGGACGCUGGAGAACGAGAGCACGGCGGACGUGGAGUGGCGCCAUCACGCCUACACCCACACGUCAAAGAAACGCCGAUUUCUCAGUGUGGAGUAA